AUGGCGCUAUCCCGCGUCCCGGGGGAUGAAGACCUGUUUGUUGGUGGGAUUUUCACUCUCCGCCGGAAAACAGCUCUCGAAAAUACAGGCAUCACUCACAUCGUGUCUGUGCUUAAGUAUGACUUCAAGGAUUUCGAGGACUGGGAGAAGUACGAGCACCUCAGUAUCGAGGUCGAUGAUGUGGACGAUGAGAAUUUGCUAGCGGAUUUUGAGAGGACGGGGAAGUUCAUUGAGGGUGCAUUGAAGAGUGGAGGGGGAGUACUGGUUCAUUGUGCAAUGGGAAAAUCUCGCUCCGUCACAGUGGUCAUAGCCUACCUCCUCCGCCAAAACCCGCAGCACACAGUUGCCUCGGCACUCUCUUUAAUCCGCGAGUCGCGUCCAAUUGCCGAACCGAAUGACGGUUUCAUGGCGCAGCUAGAACUUUACAAGGAAAUGGGUUGUCCAAGAGAUAUCGACGGUCAGCCAACUUACCAGCGAUGGCUGUAUCAAAGAGAGGUGAGCCUAGCGCUUGCGGCUGGCAUGGCGCCUGAUAGGGUAAGAUUUGAGGACGAGGAGGUGCAAGAUGCCCAAGGUGGAGGGGGAAAAGAGCUCGAGCUACGGUGUAGGAAGUGUCGGCGAACACUAGCUACUACCCCUUAUCUUAUCACCCAUCUCCCUAAUGCCACUGCUCCGACACAAACCUCAAUGUUAUCACACCCCACCACCAGACCAAAUCUUCCCCCGCCGCCAACGCAUACAGCAUGCACACACCAUUUCCUCCACCCCUUAUCAUGGAUGCGGCCGGCUCUCGAACAAGGCAUUCUCAACGGCCGUCUCGAAUGCCCGAACCCCAAGUGCGAAGCACAAAUAGGCCGUUACGCAUGGCAAGGAAUGAGGUGCAGCUGUGGUGUGUGGGUAUGCCCCGCGUUCAGCCUGCAAAAAGGAAGAAUCGAUGAAAUCACCAAGAGGGGUAGCAGUAGUAAUGUCCGAGCACCAGGAAAAGAUGCCUUAGGAGCUGCCAAUGUCAGAGCCCUAGACGAGGCUACCGCCGAGGGCUUGGGCAUUCGGCUUCCUCCGGGCAUGAGAGGUAAGGAGAACCUCUAG